UCCAUUAUUAUUAUUAACAAUGGAUGAUGAUGAUGAUUCGCCAUUGCCAAGAAGCUACUGGAGAAGAUGGAGCAAAGAAGAUUUCUUCCCAGAAGAAUCAUUCAAAAAUUGGUCCACUUACAACAAGCCUCUAUCCCAAACCCAUCACAGAUUCAAGGAUCGUCUUUUAACCAGAUCAGACGACAUUACCGAAAUCCAACAUCUCCGCAAACAAAGCGAAAACGACAUGAAAACAUGUCUCACCUGGUGGGAUCUCACCUGGUUCGGUUUCGGUUCCGUCAUCGGUGCCGGCAUUUUCGUCCUCACCGGCCAACAAGCCCACCAAACUUCCGGCCCUUCCAUUGUCCUCUCCUACGUCGCCUCCGGCCUCUCCGCCAUGCUCUCCGUCUUCUGUUACACUGAAUUUGCUGUCGAAAUACCCGUCGCCGGAGGUUCUUUCGCUUACCUCAGGGUAGAACUAGGUGACUUCGCCGCCUUCAUAACCGCAGGUAACAUACUACUCGAAAGCAUUGUCGGAGGUGCAGCCGUUGCUCGAGCUUGGACUUCAUACUUCGCCACCCUCAUUAACCGCCACCCCGAUUCCCUACGUUUGCGACUAAACGACGAAUCACAAGUCUUGUUAGACCCCAUAGCCCUGACCGUGCUCAUAAUCGCGUCCGCCAUAGCGAUUUACAGCACGAGGAAGACUUCGAUUCUCAAUUGGGUCGCAUCAGCAGUAAACACAAUUGUUAUCAUCUUUGUUAUCAUCGCGGGGUUUGUCAAAUCCGACCCGUCGAAUCUAUCUCCGUUUAUUCCCUUCGGUGUGAAAGGAAUCUUCAAAGCAGCGGCCAUAGUUUACUUCGCAUACGGAGGUUUCGACAACAUCGCGACGAUGGCAGAAGAAACGAAAAACCCUUCGAGGGACAUCCCAUUGGGAUUGCUCGGCUCAAUGUCCAUCAUCACGGUUAUAUAUUGCCUCAUGUCUCUCUCCCUUAGUAUGAUGCAAAAAUACACUGAAAUCGAUCCGAACGCGGCUUACCCAGUAGCGUUCGAAAAGGUGGGGAUGAAAUGGGCGAAAUAUUUAGUAUCGUUGGGCGCCCUGAAAGGGAUGUCCACGGUUCUUCUAGUCGGAGCCCUCGGGCAGGCUCGAUACACUACUCACAUAGCGCGGGCCCACAUGAUCCCGCCGUGGUUCGCGCUCGUGCCCGAAACCGGGACUCCAAUAAACGCGACGGUUUUAAUAACCGUAUGCAGCGCGUGCAUAGCGUUGUUCUCAAGUUUGGAUGUUUUGGCCAGCCUUCUAUCGAUAAGCACACUUUUCAUCUUCAUGAUGAUGGCGGUCGCACUUAUGGUUAGACGAUACUACGUUAGAGGUGUCACUACAGAAGUGAACCGAUUGAAGUUUAUCGGGUUGUUGCUUAUAAUCAUUGCUUCUUCUAUGGGAACUUCAGCGUAUUGGGGAAUGGACACGGGCGGAUGGGUUGGUUAUACUGUAACAGUUCCUAUUUGGUUCUUGGCCACCUUUGUAAUGUCGGUUUCUCUUCCUCAAGAAAGGAAACCGAAGGUUUGGGGAGUUCCACUCGUCCCGUGGCUUCCUUCGUUGUCUAUCGCGAUGAAUCUAUUUCUCAUGGGAUCCUUGGGGUAUGAAGCCUUCGUUAGGUUCGGUGUAUGCACUAUCGUGAUGCUAGUUUACUAUUUGUUUUUCGGGCUUCAUGCGACUUACGAUAUGGCCCAACAGCUACCGAAGAAGACAGAACCGGUUAAGGUGGAAAUGAAUGAUGCAGAUCCUUGAAGAAACUGAAUUAAUCAUUUCUUCAACCUUAAAUUGCUUUAAAGUUUAAAUAAGAAGGGAUCAUAUUUUACAGUAAUCUAUAUUAAUUUUCCUAUAACAAAAUGUAAACUGAAUAUUUGAUGUAAUGUAAUGAAUAAAUUCGGGUUUUAAGAAAAU